CACACACACACACUUGCAUCCAUGGGGAGCCGCCCCACCCCUGAGCUCCAGAGAACCACAUCAGCUGGGUACCAGCUGCCCCACCCCAGGCCAGCUGUCCAGAGUGGCCCUGUGGCGGGCAGGGGUCUUGCAGGUGGCUGUCCAGCCCCCCAGGCCCCAAAGGCGAAGGCUCAGCAGGGCGUGCAACAGGACCAGCUGUGGAGGGAGCUGCUGGAGGCCGAGCAGCGGGGCCUGCGGCGCUGGGCUGAGAAUUGGAGUUUCCUGAAAGACUAUGACCCCAUGGGCAAUAGGAAGGAGCCUGAGAAGCUGCCGGACUAUGUACCUUUCUUUUCGGACACAGUCCCCAAUUCCACUAACCGGGUCGUGGGCAGCAGGGUGGACACAUGCCUGGGGAAGACACUCAUUGGCAUGGACUUCUUCUUCGUGGAAGGGGCCCGGAAGAAGAAGCUGGAAGAUGAGCUGCAGCCAGUCUAGGAGUGAGGUGGGCUCGGUCAGCCUUCCGCAGGUAGGUGUGUGCAGGGUGGAGGCUCUAGGCUGGCCUGGCCCACGACAGUGCCUGGUCACCAUCCCGCACAAGGCAGCCAGAGAAAAGAAGAAUUAUUUCCAUCUGAGGGAGAGUGUGGGAGCAGGAGGUGCAGGGGAAGUCGAGGGUGAACACGACUGCAGGGAGUCCAGCCUGCACAGACUCAGGGGGUCACCCAGUGCUUUGCUACCUGCCCUGGGGGAAGGUUAGGAGGGCCAGGAAGGGCACCUGUCCUGCCACUCCUAGAAGCACAGCCACUGACAGACGAUGUGACAUAUAAACACAAACUCUGUGCUGGGCACUGUACCCACAUUGUCUCCUUCGUAGGUAGGAUGGUCACCAUUUGAGAGGUUUGGAAACUAAGCCAAAGACUUUGUUCAGUCUUCUCAGGGUCACGCAGCUGCUGAAGAGCCAGGAUCCACCUCACCUGUGACUUCUCUGUGCCGCAUUCCCCUCAGCAAGCCUCAGGCUCCACGGCCAUGAAAUGGGAGGGGAGAAGGAGACAGAUUCUAAGGACGUCACCAGCUCCAGGAGUCUCUUCUCUGAGCAUUCAGGCAGUGCUGGCUCUUUCACAGAGUGUACUAGUCAGCUGCAACAGUGCUGUGUAACAAACCACUCCAUUCUUGCUCACAGGUCUGCAAAGCUGGGGGGCGGCUGACCUUGGCUGGGCUUGGCUAGACUUGGCUGCACAUUUCAGGUUGGAUCUGAGUCUCUCCCAAAUGUCUUGCAUUCUCUUGGGCCCACAGCCUCCUGGGACAUGUUCUUCUCAUGGCACAUCACCAGAGCACAAGAGCCCAACCGAAUCAUGCAAGCACACUGAAGCCUUCUGCAUGCACCCUGCAGCCAACACGUUUGGCCAUGUCCCAUGUGCAUGCUGUCAUCAUAGUAGACCCUGCCUCAUGCCAGCCCCACCUGCCCUCUGCUGCCUGCCACAUCUGCCUUCUUUUCAAGAGGAUGCCUGCUUCUAACCCCUGUCUCACCCAAUGGGAGCCCCGGGAAUCGGGACAGAGGGUAUCUGCACUAGAGUCCUGACACCAGCCUCUCACCGUGUUUGGGCCAGAACAAAGGAGGCCUCUGGACCCGAGCCCUGGGGAAAUGGGCACCGAGCCUGCAGCGUCAGCACUAGCAAAGCAGAGGGGCUUUAUCAAUAAGGACACAGAACAGCUCGGAGCCCAUGGGCCAGGGAGGAGCAGGGCUCUGGGAAGGGACUGGAAUUGUAACCGGCCACAGGCUCGGCCACUUGCCACUUGUAAAAGCCAAUAACAAGGACGAGGAGUGGUAAAACGAAAGUGACUUUAUUCUAGAGCUAGCAGUGGGGAAAUGGCCCAGGCUCGUGCCUCAAAGAAAGCACUUCAAAGUUUCAGGUUGUUAAAAAGGGGUCUUGGUGUGAGGGGUAUGCAGGAAUGGCAAGGAGGUGCCAGUCAGCAUGGCUGGUCCCCAUAGUCAUUUUGAAUUAUUGCUCCACCUGGUGAAUGGUCUGGCACCAUCUCAAAGGCUGUUCGUAGAUGACCGGCAGCCUGGAGGCGGUUUCCUGGUGAGACCUGGACCGUCUCAGGGCCCAGUCUCUGCACCUUCCGUGCAGACACAUAAUUAGACGGAGGUAGCCUGUGCAAGGGAGUGCCUGGUGGGAAGCGGGACUGUGAAGGUCAGUUCUUCACUAGGAGCACAGCAAGAAACGCGCAGGCAAGUUCAGAAAGGAGAACUGGAAAGCAGGGCCCUGGCCACAGAGCGAGCAGCUGAGAGCCACAACAAAGCUGGAAGGACGCCUUCUGCACUAUCCUGGCUUCUCGGAGCACCUCUGCCUGGGCAGGAUCCGCGUCUCUGCUUCCAUGAUAAAAAUAAUCAUCUUCAUCCAUGGAACGUGCAAGGUGAGCCUGGAGCAUCCGAGGAAAUGUAAAGGGACGUAAGGGCCAACCUGAAUUUGGGACAAUAUGAGCAUCAAAAUGAAGGACAGUCAUAGCCCACCCCUGACCACACCUGUGACAGCCACCCCGCGGCCAGCGCCCAUGAACCCACUGAAUAACAACAACAGUAAUAACAAAGAAUCCAUGAGUUCAUAUCAAGAAUUCUUUACACAUUUGAAGUACUGAGGAAAACCUCUUUUCUGUUGAAUACAGAAUAAACAAUAACAGGAAAAUCACCAUUUGAUGACUAUCGCGGCAAUAACUGAUUUGGGCAAGAAUCAAUAAAAGACAUCAAAACCAUCAGGGGAAAGAUUCUUAGAGAACAGUAAAUGCUGAAGUCUAGAAGAUGCUGCCUUAACCAGAUUAUCCAACUUACCCUCAGCAAUAACGGCACAGGCAACAUGUGUGCCUCUCCACGGGAUGCACCGAGGACAAUGUCCGCACCACCCGGGAGCACUGCACCCAGGGUCCCUCCUGCCAUAGAAAAAAAAAAUAGUGUGAUUGCAAUGUAAUCAGGAGAAAUUCUACGAAAACCCAAAUUGAGGGACAUUCUGCCGAAUAGCUGGCCUUGAUUGUUCAAAAAUGUCAAUGCCAUAAAAAACAGGGAAGCAGAGGAGGUGACUCAGGUUAAAGAUGGUUGAGACCAUGAUCUUCGACCAUCUCCUGGGUCAAAGCGAAAGCAACCAUGAAGGACACUUUGCAGACUAAGUAUUAGAGAAUAGCACCAUGUCAGUGUUAAAGUGCAGAGUGGGGCGGUUACAUUGCGGUUCUGCAGAAGAGACCCGUGUUCUUAGGAGGUGUGUGCGGAGCUGUCUAGCAAAGCGACAUGACGUCUAUCACACAUCCGCAAAUGGCUUAACAAAAAAUUUAUGUGGUGUGUAAAUAUAGACAAAUAAAGCUAAU